AAGUUUGGUGACGCCGGGAGGACCUUUCCCGGGAAAGUACAAAUCUCCCGGAGGCACUCGCCGUUCUCCUUGGGAGUGCUAGGUAGGCAGUCCGCAAAGCGAUCCGAUUGGAGUCGCUGAGACUCGUGUGGUCGUGUCGUUGAGCCGUUUGAGUGACUCUCGCGAGUGACGCUCUGCUCUGCGUCGCUAAAGAUGGACGUGCGUACGGUAAGCUUCGUGUCGGGUGGAGUUGAGCAGGCGAUGGAGUUAAGCACGCUGCAGCAGCAGCAGCCGUCUAAGCAGGCUGGUGGUGCGGGUGUGCGUGCCGAACGCAGUAUCUCUGGUACCGAAAGCACAAAGCCAGUACCGACAGUACUCGGUGGACCGAACCUCUUUGCACCUUCCGCCGUUAGCUCACAGCUUCAGCGUCCACAGCCUACGGUGUUAGCGGCAUCACCAGCGCCACAACCACCACUCGCUCCUGUGGUACCUUCUCUUGUUACUGCGCCUCCGGCCCGUGCAUCUCAACCUCCGACGACUCGCUUUGCUCCAGAACCAGGUGCCGAGGUUAAGUUUGUCCCUUCGGUGCCGCUCAAGACACCGCCGGUGCGUCCUUUGUUGCCACAGCAGCAGCAACAUCCGCAUCAACGUGACACGGGUCCGGCCCUGUUUCUGGCCCCUAUUGCCCAUCGGCCACCACCCAUCGCUCACCAACAAGCUCCCUUUGCAAUGGAUCCAGCACGGCCCAAUCCUGGCAUGCCGCCGGGGCCACAAAUGAUGCGACCACCCGGUAACGUUGGACCGCCCAGAACGGGAACACCGACACAGCCACAGCCACCGCGCCCGGGCGGUAUGUAUCCUCAGCCUCCAGGCGUACCGAUGCCUAUGCGGCCACAAAUGCCACCCGGAGCAGUUCCCGGGAUGCAGCCUGGAAUGCAGCCCCGACCACCGUCCGCACAGGGCAUGCAGCGACCGCCCAUGAUGGGGCAGCCACCGCCCAUCCGUCCGCCCAACCCAAUGGGUGGACCGAGACCGCAAAUUUCGCCCCAAAACUCAAACCUGGGCGGUGGCAUGCCGCCGGGAAUGGUAGGACCGCCUCGUCCUCCCAUGCCAAUGCAGGGUGGAGCACCUGGUGGUCCUCCGCAGGGCAUGCGACCCAACUUCUACAACCGUCCGAUGGGUGACCCGACAAGCAGACCGCCCUCAGGUAACGACAACGUGGGCGGAGGUCCUCCACCAUCAUCCGCCACUCCAUCGGUUGAUGAUGAUGAAGAUGUGGUCAUUGGACGACUCCCAGCAGACAACUCGUCCGCCCUCAACAGUCCCAAUCCGGCGAGAGCUCCACCGCGCAACUUCACCAUGCCCGGACCGGGUCCGGGUACUGGCGAGAGGGAAAAAUCUAACCCCUCCAGACCACCGUCCGUGGCCGGCAGCUACGGUAAGCCGAACGACCACGAGCUGGACAGUUCCGGUGGGCGACCACCACUGCACGCGCUGAAGGACUUUAUCAACAAAGAACCGCCUCGUCCAGCGCAGUCGCCCACCCAAUCACCUUCCCCUGGCAGCCAGCAGUCGCUGUCACCGGCAAACACGGACGAAAACUUUAGCUACCGGCCAGGAGCGAAGCCAAACUCUGGCCAGCAACAACAACAGCAGCAACAGCAGCAACAACAGCAAUACAAACUGCAACCCCCGCCUGGAGGUCGGCCGAACGCACCGAACCCAUCAUCGGCCGUUAGCCCCGGUGGAGGACGUACCGAGGGCGAUAAAGUUACCUUCCAGAUUCCAAACGGUGGUGGUGGUGGAGGUGGUGGCGGUGGUAGAGAGGGAUCACAGGAGUGGAACUCGCGAUCCAGACCUCCACAGCAGCACAGCAUGCUCCGGACUGGACCGAAAUCGCUAGCGCCCGAUCACAAAGGUGACAACGAUAGCGGCGUUGACGAGUACACUCAGGAAAAGGAUCGUCCCAAUGCGCUAGCAUCGCCAGCGUCACCACUGAAGUCGCCGAGCAAGAUACCGGGACUAGCCAGAAGGCCGGAAAACAUUUCGUCCGAAAGCCGAUCGCGGAGCACCUCGAAGCAGCGCACCAACGCGAAAACACCGGAAACGCCCUCCGACCAGCCGCUAAUCAAAAAAGUACCAAUGAACAAAAUACAGGUCGGUGGGGCACCAUCUCCGAAUCUGAAGGUCGUGAAGUCAAAGAUCGGCUCGCUGGAAAAUGCCAGCCACAAGCCGGGCGGUGGCAACGUGAAGAUUGAAACGAAGAAGAUCGACAUCAAGGCGGCCCCACGAAUCGAAGCGAAGAAUGAUGCGUACAUACCGAAGGGUGGCGACAAGAAGAUCAUCAGCACAAAGCUGCAGUGGAAUGCAAAGCCCAAGAUUGGGUCGCUGGAUAAUGCCAGCCACAAACCGGGCGGCGGGGACAAGCGCAUCGAGUCGAUCAAGACGGACUUUAAGGAGCGGGCAAAACCGAAAAUCGGUUCCAAGGAUAACAUCACGUACAAACCCGGCGGUGGUGACGUGAAGAUCGUACACCAGAAGCUAGACAUCAAGGCGGAAAGUAAGAUCGGCUCACUGGACAACCUCAAACACAAGCCGGGCGGUGGCGAUAAGAAGAUCUUCGACGACAAGGAGUAUCUGAAGAACAUUGAGCAUCCGAUCACGCCCAGUCCUUCCUCGCAGGAGUAUCUGUACAAAUUCUAUUAGUAUUAAACCUCCCCCGAAACCGUCGAAACCAAACCGCAGCAGCAGCAGUAGCAUCAUCAUCCCAGCCUUCUAAACUCUGCAUGGCCGUGACGCGCGUACGCUGCCAGCUUUUUCUUCUGCCGUUUUGCUACUCCCAAAACGGGCUCCUCGAUCUUCGUUCCUUUUCCGCUAGAUCUAGUUCGUGCUCUUCCAGUGCUUGUUGUGUUGUCUAGCAACAGCGUGUUUGCUCGCCGUAAGUUAUCUGUUUACAACUCCGUGCUGUUCACGCGUGUUUAGUUUUGCGGUUUCUGUGUGUGCGUGUGGUUUUCGAGUGAAGUAGUAACGACGUUUGUGAUGAUCAUUCACCUUGAGACCAUUGGACAUGAUGUAGAAUAAUGGCAUUCGGUCCUAUCCCUUCGUAGCGUCCUCUCUAACAAUCGAACGCCGCACUUACUACCGCUAACCUGUGAGAUUGGAGUCGUUAGUCGCAGUUCCUCUCCGUCGCCAUCUGUCAACGAUCAAGCGGAUCCUAUUCCAGUCAUUCCCCACGUAUCUCUCCCUCUCCAUCUCCGGCCACUCAUUCUGUAGUUGUUUUGUUUGGCGCAUGUAACGAAACUGUCCACUAAUGCGCGGUCGUCAAACCGUGAAUGUGUUUCUGGAUCAAUU